AUGGCCACGGAGACCCUGAAGAUCAACGAUGGCACCACCAUGGAGAUCGCCCGGCUGCCAGACGUGGACGACGCCACCUGGGCAGAGCUGAAGGCAUACGUGGAGGGCAACCCGGAGACGGCCAAGACGCUGCAGAACUUCGCGAAGAACCCGGAGGCCAUGCGGGGAUGGCUGCAGACCCAGGCCAUCGCGGAGCACUAUAACACCAAGCUCUCCAACGGGGACACCCCGGUGCAGGACAAGGUGAAGUCCUUGGAAUCGGACCCUGAUCUUGCGGCGGUCUUCGAGGACAUCAAGAAGAACGGCAUGGAGGCCGCCAUGAAGUACUACCAGGACGAGGAGCUGAUGCUGAAGAUCUCCCAGAAGAUGGGGGGUUUGCCCGCGGAGCUCAGCCCCGUGCUGCAGAAGAUCGAGGACACCGCCAUGACGCUGCACGAGGCGGCCAAGCGGGGCGACCUCGCGGCGGUGAAGAGCUUCCUGGAGAGGAAGAAGCCGCUGGACGCCCAGGACUUCAAGGGCAUCACGCCUUUGGGCUACGCCAUCGGCGCGAACCGCAUCGCCGUGGUGAAGCUGCUGUUGGACAACCGGGCGAACCCUUACGCGGUGGACAGCUCCGGGAACAGUGGGCUGCACUACGCGGCCGGCUACGGCAGGAAGGAGCUGCUGGAGUAUCUCCUGAAGGUUGGGGCCAACGUGAACCAGCCCAACGCGCAGGGCAUGACGCCACUGGCCGCGGCCACUCAGAACAAGCAGGAGGCAAGCAUCCAGGUUUUGAGGGCUCAUGGAGCCCAGUGA